AAAAAGUUCUUGAAAGAGCAGCACAAAAACUAAGAUUAGAUCAACUUGUUAUUCAACAAGGACGAGCCAAUCAUGCACAAAAAAAUGCCACCAAGGAAGAACUUUUAUCAAUGAUCCAACAUGGUGCCGAGAAAAUUUUUAGUUCGGCUGAUAGCACCGUCAGUGAUAAUGAUAUUGAUUAUAUUUUACGUAAAGGUGAAGAAAAAACCGCCGAACUCAAUCAGAAAUUCCAAAGUCUUGGAUUGGAUGAUUUGCAAAAGUUUACAUCCGACUCUAGUUCAUCUUAUGAAUGGCAAGGAGAGAAUUGGGUGAAUAAGCGCAAAGGAGAAAAUUCACGAGGUUUCAAUUGGAUAGAACCACCAAAACGUGAACGUAAAGCUAAUUAUGCAAUAGAUUCGUAUUAUAGAGAAGCUUUAAGGGUAACUUCAAAGCCUGCUCAACCAAAAGUCCCAAAAAUACCAAAACAAAUCACUUUUGCAGAGUUUCAAUUUUAUCCUCCACGUUUAGUUGAAUUAUUGAAAAAAGAGAAUUAUCAUCAACAUAAAUUAAUGAAUUUCAAGGUCCCAUUAGCAGAACCUUUACCUCAAAAUGAUAACCCAGAAUUAAGAGAAAGUGAACGUCAAGAAGAACAGGAUAAAAUUGAUAAUGCUGAACCUUUGACUGGAGAAGAAGAAGCCGAAAAAAAUUCACUAAUGAAAAAAGCAUUUGAAGAUUGGAGCAAACGUGAUUUCAAUAACUUUAUAACUGCUUCAGCUAAAUAUGGAAGAACUGCUAUUGAAGAAAUAGCCGAAGAGAUAGAAAAAUCAUUAGAUGAUGUUAAGAAAUACGCCAAAGUGUUUUGGGAACGAUAUAAAGAAUUACCUAAUUAUGAAGAAUUGAUUGCAAAGAUUGAAAGAAGUGAACAGAAAAUGCAACAAACUCAAGAAAUACAAGAACUGAUUAAAUCAAAGGUGGCUCAAUACAAAAAUUCCAGUUAUGAUAUACAAUUGUCAAGUCAAAACAAAGGCAAAUCAUUAUUUACCGACGAGGAAGAUCGAUAUUUGUUAAUGGCACUUGCAAAAUACGGAUAUGGAACUGAGGGUGUUUAUGAGAAAAUACGAAAUGAAAUUGAGAGUUCUGAAUGCUUUCGAUUUAAUUGGUUUAUUAAAUCGAGAGCUGCUGGUGAAUUGGGAAAUAAAAAUGAUUUAAAA